AUGGAAAUAGGCGCAAUUAUGUCGGUACCACUGCUGAUACUUGGUAUGUUUGGUAAUUUGCAUUUGAUUUAUGCAACGCUGAAACACAAACAGCUACAGCAACGCAACGGUAUUCUAGUCGGAAUUAUUGCGUUUCUGCAUUUUAUUUGUGAAAUGCACCGGUCGAAGAGUACAGCCGAAAUAUUAUUGGGUAAAUCGUUGAUGACACGUAUUAAAUGCCAACGUUCGGUUUUUCUGAUGGGCUUUUCAUUUAACAUGGCUGGCAUUGCAAUACUUUUUCUUGCCAUCGAUAGACUUAUUGCUGUCGCAUCACCGCUAAAGUGA